AUGGGAUCAUUACAAAGCCGUGAAGAUUCAAAUUCAUCUGAUCAUCCUCCUAAGGUGUUGAGAAUUGAACGAACAGAAGUCCCGGAGGAGUACAGAACAGUUGGAGUAUCACAUGAUGUUGUUGAUCAGGUGCUAAAUUCCAAACUUUCCGAGAAUGAAGUUGUAAGCACUCUAAAAAAGCAGUUAGCUGAAGAGAAGGAAGAAAAUAAGAAGCUACGAGAACAAAUAAAUCAAUUUCCAGAACUUUUAGAAAAUCUUACCAUUGCCGAAAUAGAAGCGCGGAAGAAUGCAUUUGAUGAAACUUUGGGACGUAUAGAAAAGCAUUAUUUUUCUUAUCAUCCGGAAAAUGAUUGCAAAGCCUACGAGAUAGUUAGUUGUCAUUACCCUCGUUAUUUUUUUUUAAAUUUCUUCCAUUAUAAGUGUGCUAGUGAUUUUCGUGAAAAAGUUUUGAAGCAAGUUUCAUGUGUAACUUUAAAUGAAGAAUGA